AUGGACUCCAAUGAUACCGACUUUCGGUACAUGGCCGCCAACGAUUUAAUGAACGAUCUUCAAAAGCCUGACUUCACUUUAGACGAAACUAACGAGAAAAAAGUUGUUCAAAAAGUUUUAAAACUAAUGGAUGAUGCUAAUGGCGAAGUGCAAAACUUGGCAGUAAAAUGUCUCGCGCCACUUGUCAAAAAAGUUCGAGAGACACAACUAGCUGAAAUCAUUGACAAGCUUUGUGAAUACGCUACACAGAAAAAGGAAGAACUACGUGACAUUGCUGGCAUCGGAUUGAAAACCGUCAUUGUGGAAAUACCAAGCAACUCACCAAAUGCUGGUAGCGUCGUGCAGAGAUUGAUUCCAAAACUUCUUUCACAACUAGAGAAUGUAAUGCAAAUGGAUACCUUGGAUAUCUUAAGUGAACUCCUUGCUCGUUUUGGUAGUUCGGUGGGUAACAAUGUAACAUCACAGAAACGGAUUCAGAAUGUUUUGGUGCCUUUAUUGAGCCAUUCGCGUCCAGCAUUCAGAAAGAGAACUACUAUUGCUCUUGGUAAUCUUGUGACACAUGCUCCCGAUGAUCUAUUUAACGAACUGGUGCAAAAAUUAUUGGCUGAAUUUGAAAGAGCUCAAAAUCAGAAAGAUAACUUGAAGACUCUAAUUCAAUGCGUUGGCACAUUAAGGGAUUAUUCUGAUGACGAUGAUAUCUCUUGGAAAGUACGCCGUUCUUCAUCGAAGCUCCUAGCUUCUAUUAUUGGCACGAGACACGAGCUUCUCUCCCAACUGUAUAAUAACGUCGCACCAGCUUUAGUCAGCCGAUUUAAAGAACGAGAAGAGUCUGUUCGCGUGGAUAUACUUCAAACGUUCAUUGUCCUUCUUAGGCAAACCCAUGUUUAUGGUGGAGAGGGUUAUAUUCCAAGAGAAAAUGAUCAUGAACCAAAACGAAGAAGGGCUAUUGGUCCAAGCGAAUCACAAGAAAGUCCCAAACAGAUGCUUCGAAAUUUGGUUCAAAGACUAAGCCGCAAUCUUUCUAAGCAACUUGUCUCAAAAUCGAUUAUAACGAAACAAACAGGAUUUUUGCUUCUACGGGAAUUAGUCACAGUAUUAAAUGGGGGGCUUGAUAAUCAUCUGAAUACUUUUAUACCUGCAAUUGAAAGUUCCUUAUCUACAUCAUCAGAUACAUCACAUCAUCAUACAAGUACAAACUCUAAUCUCAAGAUUGAGACUUUAAGUUUCCUUCGGCAGUUGUUUAAGGUUCAUCCUCCCCAAGUUUUUCACAAGCAUCUUGCACGAUUAUGCCCUCCAAUAAUUUCAUCCGUGCAAGAUAGUUUUUAUAAAAUAACGUCUGAAGCUUUCUUGGUUUGUAUUGAAUUGAUUAAAGUCAUCCGUCCUAUUGAAUAUCAGGAGAACACGCAAACAUACAAUGUGCAGCCACUAAAUCCUGAGUUCCGACGAUUCAUACUGGACAUUUAUAAUGUUACUAUUGCGCGCCUUUCAACUCCAGACGCAGAUCAAGAAGUCAAAGAACGAUCAAUAAUGUGUUUGGGAGUUCUUAUUUCACAAGCUGGAGAUAAUUUACAGGAUGAGCUUAAAGCGUGCAUGCCAAUAUUAUUGGAGCGAUUGCGAAAUGAAGUUACUCGCUUGACUACUGUCAAAACCUUCACGAUGAUAGCCGAUAGUACUGUGUGUGAAAGUGAAUAUGUGAAGGUAGCGAUAACAGAUGCAAUUCAGGAAGUUGCGAGUCUUCUUAGAAAACACCAUCGUCAACUAAAAGUGGCUGCUUUAGUAUGCCUGGAAGUAUUUGUGCAUCCUGUAAACAAUGAUAUUCUACCGUCCAUUUUUCAACUUGUGCAGUCAACGCUUGUUCAAGGGGCUGCAUUGGACAGUUUACUUGUUUUAUUCCGCACCUUGAUCGAAACCGAUGAAGAUCACUUCAAUAAAUUAUUGGAUGGAUUACUAUCUCCCGUUCAAAAGAAUCAAGAUCUUAAUCAAUUAACUCUUUCGAAACAGAGUGGUGAAAAUAUCGAAGAAGGAACUAGAGGCGUUGUAGCGGAGUGCCUUGGCAAAUUGACUUUGGCGAAUCCAAAUAAAUUUUUGCCUGAAUUACAGAAACGACUUCGGUCUGAUUCUGCACAAACUCGUGGUACUGUUGUCACAGCUAUCAAGUUCACCUUUAUUAAUCAAGGCCAAGAAUAUGACGAGUUGUUACGACCUCUUAUUGUUGACUUUUUGUCCUCGAUUCAAGACAAUGAGUUGCCUUAUUUGAUUCGUGAUGUUUUAGAUCAACUCUUGCCGUUACUUUAUGAAGAAACACUCAUUAAAAUGGGACCAUUUAAACAUAAAGUAGACGAUGAGCCAUUAAAAGGAACUUUAUCAAAUAGAAUUAAGGAAAACGCAGUCAAAUCGGAAAUUGACAAGAAUAAUGAAUUAUGUCGAUCUGCUGUUAGAGCUGCGGUGGUUUUGAACAAGCUUGCCGAACAAGAUACUAAAAUUGGAUCAUGGAGUGAUCAAUUUAAUAUUUAUCAAAAUGAAUUGGAAAAUAAGGAAUCUGCAUGGACACAUCCUAAUUUAUUCCAAGGAAAAAGUUGA